AUGUGUGUUGGUCUCCUGGCUGUCAUGUGCAGGUUGAGCCAGCUGGUGACGCUGUUCGUCCAUAAGAACAAUCUGUCCUACCUUCCUCACUGCCUCACCAACGUCUCCACGCUCAAGGUCAUCGUCGUCAGCGGCGACCACCUCACCUGCGUCCCGACCAAACUGUGCAGCAACCCCGACAUCAAGUUCAUUCGUCUGUACGACAACCCGGCGAGCGAAGAGAAGAAGAAGAAGAAGAAGCAGCAGGAGGAGGAGGAGGAGAAGAAGAAGAGGAGGAGGUGGAGGCAGCAGAGGGAGGAGCAGCAGGAGAAGGACGGCAGAGAGAAGGAGUUCAUGGAGGCGUACAUCAGCUCGCUGCAGGACCGAGACGCCGUCCCGUACUCCACCACCAAGGUGUCCAUCUCCUGCCUGCUGUGACGAGGAUGAUGAUGAUGAUGAUGAAGGUGUUGAAGGUCCGACGCCGUGUGAGCGACCGAAGGACGAACUUUUAUCAGAAAACACGCAUUACAGCGACGACAUGGCGGAGGAGCUAACGUGCUAACGCCGUGACGUCAUCGGAGGGCGGCCAUGUUGGAGUCGGAAGGUUUACGGAGGAGAAAACGUGUUUGUUUUUAAUAAGUCGUGUUUUUUUAGAGUGAAGUUGGGCUGUGUAGAAGAACACUAAUGUCACAGUAAUAAUAAUAAAAGUAGAGAAAGGUUAGAAAUCUGGAAA